AUGGCCGAUGAACUAGCUAACUUUAAACUUCAAUUACAGCAGGUCGAAGCUGCCUUAUUAGGAGACCCAAAGAACGAUGAGCUAAUAAAGUUAAAAUCUGAUCUCAAUGAAAUUAUUGCUCUUCAAGAAGAGUUAAUAGAGGGUGAUAAACCAACAGCAACCAGUAGCUUCUCAGCUCCUGCUAGGAUUUUUGAGGUUGGUGAUCGUGUUAUGGCACCUUUACCCACAGGAAACAAAGCUGUUGCUGUGGUCAACAGUAUAACUGCUGCUGGUUAUGCCAUUACUUUCAUCAAUAGUGGACAGAAAACUAUUGUCGAUCCUUCCGACUUGGGUGUUGCCCCUGAUGGAGGAAAGAAAUAUGUUUUCGAUAAAGAGAAACAAAGAGUGAAUGCACAAAAUAAAAAGGAAUGGCAGAUGGAAAGAGAAAAAAGACGGCUGAAAGCACAGAAGAAAGAUAUGAAGAAGAAAGAGCUUGAGACUGCUAAAGAAGCUGAAAAGAGUAGUUGGCAAAAGUUCAAUAAUAAGGCUGCGAAGAAGGGAUUACAAGGGUUCAAAAGAAUUAAUGUGUCUGGAUCAUCGCAAGAUACAGCUGCCAAGAAGUUCGAGACCGUCUCUUCCAGAACCAACCAGUUCUCGUUCAAGUCAACUCGCGGUAAUAUGGAUUCUCUGUUCUAA